UGCUGGACCUCUUCCAUCCCGCUCUACUCGAACAUGUGUGUCCUGGACUCGACGCUGUUCGGAAAGUUUGAGCGCAUCGGACCGGGAACUAUCAACAACACGUUCAGGAUGUUCCGGCCCACCGCGAUGAGCGGCGGCCCCUUUGAAGUGAUUUUUACGUGCGUCCUUCAGGUCUGCAUGUACGAAUGCGCGCAGCCUUUGUGUGACGGGAACGCUAUCACUAACACCAAUGAACGUCGAAAGCGUCAAGAAAGCGGUUCUGACCCGCCAUCCAUGGUUCUUGGAGCAAUGCUGCGGGCGUACGUUGAUGGCGAACUCGUGGUGACAGAGGACAUUCCAUCCACCCCGGAAAUCUGCCUCAGCAUUUGGCUUCUCUCAGUCUGUGUAGUCGUAUAUGCGAGUUUCUUCCUCGCGUCCACUGCUGUACUCGUGGUCCGUUUUUACAAACUUCUUCUCCACAGAAAAAAAUUGCAGACGCUCAGGGACGGAAACUCUCGAAUGGACCCGAAAACCAAUUCGGUAGUUUCCGUUGCAAUUCAUGGAAAAUCGGCGUUGAACUCGUAAAUAGUAUAUAAGGUGACGUUAGGAGUAAGGGCAUGUUCAAUCGAAGAGUGUCAAAUAUCACCAUAGCAAUGUGAAAUCCCCUAGCAACCUGACGUCACAUAACAAAAAUGUGUCGAGGUAACGAAGCGUCUCGUAGCAACACAGCAAAAAAGUGUCUGAUAGCGACAGUCCGUCGCAUAGUAAUGCUCGGACGCAUAACGACAGACGUUUAAUAAACAAUAUCGAAGGAAUAAACUCAAAGAUUGAUCAGCUAUUUACUUCUGUCAACAAUUUAAAACACGAUAAUGAACGAUUACGGCAAGAUAACGAACAUCUUCGGGGAGAAAUGCACUUUAUGAAACAAAAAUUAGACCGCAUUGAAAACCAGUCACGUAGGAACAAUCUUUGUUUUAAUGGCAUACAUGGAAGUCUACAAGAAAAAUGGGACAUUUCAGCAAAACAAUGCUACGGGUAAAUACUGAAAUAUAUCUUACCUUAGAAAACAUACUAUAUAAACAUAAAAUUGCAUUUUCUAAAUUUAAAUGUUCUAAUCACAAAUUAAAUAUUGAGAUUGGUAGACAAUCAAAUAUCCCAUUUGAUGAUAGACUAUGUUAUUUUUGUCUGGAUAACAAUAAUAUACGUGUUAUUGAUUGUGAAUUUCAUGCAUUUUUCUAUUGUUUUAAACACAGAGACAUCCGUACCCAAUAUCUUUUUAAUUGGUACCAUGGGGGAUGUUCAAUAUCUGAUUUUUAUUCAUUAAUGGGAUCAAAUAAUGAUGAAAUUAUCCAUAAAGUCGCAAGUUUUGUAUACCAUCUGUUAAACAACAUCAAUUCAUAACUUUGUAUUUAUAUGUAUAUCUACAUGUGAAACAACAUCAAUUUGUAUGUUUUUUUUACUUAUCUAAAAAUGUAUAA